AUGUCUGAACCUAGUGUUCCAUUCAAAGUUAUCGCUUUAUUCCCGUACCAUUCGGAUUAUGAAGAUGAUUUGAAUUUUGAAAAAGACCAAAUUAUUACUGUCACUUCUAUCGAGGAUGACGAAUGGUAUUUUGGUGAGUUCCACGAUGACAACAACAACAAUAAUAAUAAUAAUAACUCAAAAAGAGAAGGUAUCUUUCCUAAAAAUUUUGUCAAAUAUUAUUUAGAUGACAAACCUCAUGCUACUGACUCAGAAAGUAAAGAUAAAGACGAAACACAACAUGGUUCAACGGAUAAUACAACUAAGAAUAAUAAAUACAUUAAUAUUCCAACUGAAAGUAUUGAUGUAAUUAAUUCAUAUAAUGAUGAUAAUGACAAUAAUGAUAAUGACAACAACAACAACAAUAAUAAUAAUAAUAAGGAUAUUGAUGAUUUACCCAAAAUGAGUUUGAAAGAUCGGAUUGCUAUUUUACAAGAAAAACAAAGAAUUCAGCAACAAGAAGAAUUAGAACAAAGAGAGAAGAUGGAAAGAAGAAAAAGUUUAAAUUCUAUUCAUUCUACUCAAUCUAUUAAUACUUCCCACUCUAAUAAACAAACUAAUGAUAUUGACUCUAUUAUAUCUGGCCAAAGUGAAAAUAUUCAAUUCUCAAAUAUCAAUAUCGACAAUAAUAACAACAAUAAUAAUGAUAAUGAUAGUAAAAAUCCAAUUAUAAGCUUGAAUCAAAUUGAUCAAGAGAAAAAGGGAUUUCAUGAAGAAAAAGAAGAAGAAGAAGAAGAAAAAUAUAUGAAUGAUGGUCAAUUAUGCGAUAAAGUAAAAAAUGAAAAUGAUUCUAAUGAUCGUGCUCAUCAAGAAUCUUCUGGAGAGGAAGAAGAUUCUGAGGAAGACUCUGAAGAAGCUAGAAGAACUGCUUUAAGAGAAAGAAUGGCAAAAUUAGCAGGUGCUAGUAGAUUUGGUGGUGGUUCCGUAGGAUUUAAUCCAUUUGGUAUGCCAAUUUCAUCCAUGAUGUCUUCUUCUUCUUCUAAUGAUACUACAAUUAAAAAAUCAAAGCAUGAACAGGAAAAAUCAGAAGAACAAAAAGAACAAGAUAUGUUGCCACAAGCUAUACCAAUUAUGCCAUUUGCUGAUCCUAAUGCCUUAUCCUUUUUAAAUAAGAAACAUACAGAAACAGAAGAGAAUGAACAAGAGGAGGAAGAAGAAGAAGAAAUAAAAGAAGAUAAAGCCGAAUUACAUGAAAAUAUCUCCAAUUCAUCUCAUGUAUUCAAUGAACUACUUAACAAAACAAAUAAUACUGAAACCAAAGAAAAUAAUCAAAAGGAAUUGAUGCAAAAUACAUCUAUCGAUACUACUUUAUUGAAUGAAAGAGAUGUUCAGGAUAUCACCGAUUCUUCAAGGGUUCCUCCCACCACAACAGAGAUUUUGAAAGAACAUCUAUCUGAAUCGGAAUCUGAAGUCUCUAGUAUUGACCAAUCUGUACAAGAGUCACUUAAUAAGGCAGAAAUUGUUGCUAAUGAGAUGGAUAUAUCACAAAGGCCUCAGCCACCAAUACCUCAAUUUGAUCAAUCUUUAUCUUCCAAAUCGCAAGGAUCAGCUUCACAAAGUAACCAGAUUCAUCACAUGCCCCCACCUCCUCUACCUUUUUCUUUUUCUUCAUCUUCUUCGUCUUCUUCACAACCCAUCUCUAGUAAUGUUCCUGCUUCACAACCUUCCAUUAAUAUUAGUAUGCAAUUUGCAAAAUCUGCUCCACCUCCACCACCCAUUGUUCCACCUUUACCUAAUUCUCCAAUUUCAUCUGCUCCAUCUGUUCCACCAUCUAGGCCACCUAAAGUUACACAACCAUUAAUUCCAUCCUCUCCACCUCCGAUUCCAGCAUCAAUGCCUGUCACAGAGAUCACAAAAUCCAAUAUAUCGCCACCUCCAUCUCCACCACCAAUUCCUACCACGCAUCCUACUUCUGCUCCACCUGUACCAUCUAUUCCAGCAGAUAAUAAACCAAUUGGUUUAAUAAGAAGAACAACAACACAUAGGGAUUUGCUUUUAUCAUUAACAUCUGUCAAGAUUACAUUGAAUUCAAAAAAUCCAUGGUGGAUCUCUCCUGACCCAAUGGCAGUACCAAAAGAAAUUGAAGCUACUAAAUUAAAAUACAAUGUUGAAAGAGGUGAUUCAGUAAUUACCAAGCGUACUGGUGAAGAAUGGAUAUUUCGUACUUUUUAUAUUCUUUUUGAGAACUAUACACAAGCAAACAUUUCUGUCGUCUAUGCUACAAAAUCACCAAUUGAUACUGCAGUGUUAGUUGAAGAAAAAUUCAUUCCAUUUGAGAUUACAGGACCAUUACCAAUUUCUUUGAACCAAAAGAUUUUAAGGCUUGGUGAAUCCCUGUUAGAUAAAGAAGUUAAUACUAAGAAUUUUGUUAAUGAUCUUCUAACUUCAUUAAACGAAGAAGUUGUAUUGCCAAUAGCUAAUCGUACAUUUGGUAUUACAGUGGUAAAUUUCAAAGCAGGUAGUAGUUUAGAUGACCAAGAAAUGACUAGCGUUGUUCCAGGUGACGUCAUUGUGAUAAGAAAGGGUAAGUUAGAAAGGCAUGGAAGGCUAAUAGAAGUGGGUAACGAAGAUAGUUAUUCGGCUAUAGUUACGGCAUAUGAACCUGAAAAAACUAAAAUAAGAGUUAUAGAAAAUCGUGAUGGUAACAUUGUUGCUACAAGUUAUAAGUUGAACACAAUGCAAAGUGGAAAAUUAAAGAUUUUUAGAGUUGUGCUAAGACAAUAUAUUAACUGGUAA